AUGGGACAGUCGGCUUCUACGCCACGAGAUCCUCCUGACACUGGCUAUCCGGGCUACGCUCCGUUCUCGAUAGAUCCCAAUUCUGGUUUGAGGGAUGAAGAUAUGAACAACAGGCAAACCACUGAGCAAGGUGGAGAGGCGAGUUUCUCGCCCGGCAUGGACCCGAAUCUUCAUAACGGCCAAGACCUGUCAUCGGACCAGCUACAUGAGUUGCCAGAAUCCUGGCAGCAGCCGAUGCGAUACUCGGGAGGGUUCUCACAACAGAUGCGAAGUAUCGAAGAAGAGGAACCCGAACAUGAACCAAGUGCGCGGGAAUAUCGGUCUGCAGCGAUUGCACGGAUGGCGGCAAGGAGACAGUCCACCAUGUCACGGUUAGGGUCAAGAAUCCUGCCCAAUUCUGUCAUUCGUGGCCUUCUCAACAGUCAGGAGGAGACGCCAGCAGAAGGCCAUGCCCACAGGCACGGACUAGUCUCAAGAACGCCACCACGAUCGGAAACUGCUCAUAGCAGUGGUCGGUUUAGCCCUUUCAGUGCCCUGGGAUCUAGAGGCGUCAUUCGUCGUCGCAGCACCCGGGGACCAUACUUCAUCCCCCAACGUGCUGACUCGUCAACAAUGUCGACCGGAGCCACGAGUUCCUCGCUCCUCGAUUCCUCUGGGGAGCAUCUGCCAGAGUCUAACCGGGCUUCCUGGCGUCGUGCCCGUCUCCAGCGCGUGCGCCACUCGCUGUCAACCCCCAUCUCGCAUAUGUUUGGGCAGCCUUCACCAGAUAUUUCCUCCCCCCACGAAAGCCCUGCGCAUCUAUCGGGAAGCCCGUCAUUCAGCGAUGGCCUUCCAAGUGCUAUGGAUACUCGCCUGGACUUUGGAGAGCCCUUGCCUGAAUUGGACUCAGUCGAACCCGGUGUCCAACCAGAUCGACCACAUUCGGCUCAUCAGACAAAUGCUGGCCUGAUGGCGUCCCGUGCACUUCCUAGUCUUCUUCGAGCACGAGCAGCCCGGGCUAUGCGACGAGAAGAGCAAACCCCUCUGUCUCGAGUUCUACAGCUCGCUGCAGCUGCAAUCGCCGCCCAGCUCUCUGGUACCACGGGCCCUGCCUUACCAAAUAUCCAAGCUUUAGGUAAUGAUGGUCUCGAUGGAUCACUAGAGAACUUUAUCCAAAGCUUGCAACAUGCCACGACAGCCCCAGCGCAACCGGCGCCGGCAGGAGAAGGAUCAAGUCAGACUGGAGUCGAAGCUCCAGCGGCUCCAGUGAACUUCCUGCGAGUCUUCCGAUUUGCCAAUUCCGACUCUCCUCUUGGCGCUGGUCCCCUGGCACGAGGGGGUCCCAAUAGUUCUGAGAAUUCAGGUCCUCAGUCCGAUGGAAUGUCCGUCGACGAGCCCUCGCCCUCAGAAGGAGGCGAAGGCCGGACGGUUACCCUAGUUGUGGUGGGCGUCCGAUCAGUACCUGCGAGCAAUGGAGGGAAUAGCGAAGACGGACCACCAGUUCCUGGUGGCGCAGGUCUGGAUGCUUUGCUCGGAUUGCCGUUCUUGCCGCCCAACGCUAUUCCCCGGCCCCCAGAAGGCGCUGGUGAUCCCGCACAGCAGGCGGAUGCGCGAUCCAGACUGCACGCCGCUCGUCACGGUGGGCCUGGCGGUCUGGCUCCAGAGGUCCAUCGCCAGCCUGGCGAUAACCUGUCUCGAAGGAUGUCGGAUGCUGGACCUCGCCGUCUUCAUCCGUCGUACACAUUUCCUACGGCAGGCCAGUCCGACAGUCCACCUGGACCGCACCCGCCGCCAUCAACUCCUGCUGAGCCAGGCAUGUCAGCUAUCUCCUCGGGAACGUCAACCCCAAGCCGCAGACCGUCCUCAGCCUCGACUCUGUCACCAACCCAUUUGCCGCAUCUCCAUGAGAACCAGUCUUUGCAACCCACUGCCGAGACUUUAGAAGAGUCUGCUCCCCCACCGAGUGCUGCCAGGCAGCGACGACGAAGCGAUUCGGAAUUUGCCCGCCACCGCGCACUUGGCUCGGGAUCCGUUCGUCGGAAUGGCGUGGUUGAACCUGACCAAACCCCUCCAAGUGGUGGCCGAAGCUGGCUGAUCUACGUUGUUGGCACCAAUUUGUCGGAAAAUCACCCAGCCCUGACGACACCAAGUCUCUUCACCGAUAACCCUACAUACGAGGACAUGAUCUUGCUGUCGUCACUCCUAGGCCCUGCCAAGCCUCCGGUGGCCUCUCAAGAUGACAUCAACUCUGCAGGCGGCCUCUUCCGCCUUGUUGAGUAUGCCGGUUCGCUGGUCGCAGAGUCUGUUGAUGGUGCUGGCGCCAUCCAGAUCCAAGACGGCGAGCGUUGUCUAAUUUGCUUGAGCGACUACGAAGUGGCUGAAGAGGUCCGGGAGUUGGCCAAAUGCAAGCAUGUGUUCCAUAGGGAUUGCAUUGACCAGUGGUUAACCACGGGCCGAAACUCUUGUCCUCUUUGCCGAGGCCAAGGUGUCAAAGAGACGUCGAACAACGAGGGUCCAUCAGCAUCUGAUCCUGCCCCUGCUCCUACUCCCGCCCCUGAGGGUACGACCAUCUAA